UAAAAGCACGACCUGUGUGCGGGUUUCCCUUCUCUGUGUUGAUCUGUCUGUGUCUGAAAAUGAAGAAGCUGUCGUAUGUAUUCCUUCUUUUGGUGGUUAUCGUUGGAAUGGCGGACCUGGGUGAAUCCGUCAAACGUAAAAACGGAAACGUGAAGAAGAGGCAGUCUGUUCGCUUCUCGGAGCCCAGGUCACUCCCUUACGAAGAAAUUCUGCGGUUCAAAGCAAAAAGGAGGCAACAGGUCCAAUCUAGACUGAAGUCAGCAGACAACAACACAACAGCCGUCAGCAACUCAACACUCAACAACGAGACCACCACCACCACGCCCAAACCUCCACAGCUCGUCUGCUAUGGAGACCUGGGCUGUUUUUCGGAUGAGGCUCCCUUUGACAACACCGGGUCUGUGCCGCAGUCUCCAGAACAUAUCGACACCAAGUUCUACGUGUUUACAAGAAGCAAUCCAACUAUUGAGGAGCGACAGGAGAUAUCAUACGAAGACCCCUCCAGUCUGCGCAUGUCCCACUUCAACCCCAGGAACAAGGUGAAGGUACUGAUUCAUGGCUUCUUCUCCAACCCCAUCACCGAGCCGCCAUUUUGGGCAGGAGACGCCAUGAUGGAGAUGCUCAAACGGGACGAUUUAAACGUCAUCGUAGUGGACUGGAACAAAGGUGCCGCGGCGCCUAACUACUUUGCGGCGGCGUCCAACAUCCGCGUGGUGGCGGCACAGAUCGCCAAGCUGCUGGUGUUCCUGACGGAGGAGACCGGAUGUAAGCUGGAACAGUUCCAUCUGGUGGGGCACAGUCUGGGCGCGCACACGGCCGGCCUCGUGGGAACCAGGCUACCUGGUCUGCCCAGGAUCACAGGUUUGGAUCCUGCCGAGCCGUUCUUUGAAGACGAGGACCCGAUCGUGCGCCUGGACCCCACGGACGCUCUGUUCGUGGACGUGAUCCACACGGACGGGGGAGAGAUCCUGUCCGGGGCCUGGGGCCUGGACCUGCCGUCAGGACACGUGGACUUCUACCCGAACGGCGGGAAGGGACAGCCGGGGUGUGGGAACACGUGGCUCAGCGCCAUCGGCAGUCUGCUCGACUCCUCCCAAGAGCUGACUGACUCCAUGGACUGUAGCCACAAGCGUGCACACCAGCUGUACAUAGACUCCAUCAACAACCCCUGUAAACUCGUGGCCUACCCCUGCCGCAGCUAUGACGACUACCUCGCAGGGAGGUGCUGGGAAUGCUCAAACGACGCCUGCGCAGUGAUGGGGUAUGACGUAGACAGUAACCCGAACGCCCGUGGAAGCGUGUACCUGACUACGGGAGAGAGCCCGCCAUAUUGUUCGUACAAGUACAGAGUGGUGUUGAAGACAAAACCGGGGAUGGAGUUCUGUAGAGGCGAGAUCACCAUCAACAUAGCGGGGAGCUACCAGAGCACCGGCCCGAUCAAAUUCUUCGAUGACAAUUCGCAUGGAAUUGACGCGGACACGGAAUAUGUUGGCAUUUUCGCCUCCAAUGUCCGGCUGGACACCGUGAAGGAAGUGACCCUGACCUACACCCGGACAACCAGCUUUCUCUUCUCCUGGAGCACAUAUGGUGAUGUGGAGCUAGAGAGGGUCGACAUACAGUCCAACCUUGGCAUAGGUGCAUCAUCCUGCAGUGUUAUGAUAAGGGAGGACGGCACGACAACCAUUACAACAUUCAACAACUGUUGACAACAUACAAACAUAGGAAUAACGUUCAGCAAACACAGAAAAACUCCGGCAAAUGAAUCUCACCAAACAUGCGAUUCUAUAUUACGAUAUGACUAAAAGAUAUAGCUAAAAUUGCCGAAUGCCAGCCUUUUUGGGUUUAGUAUGCUCUCUCUGUCGCUGCCCUACCAAAACGUCUGGACGUGCACAUAUUCUAUUUGUCGGUCAUUUGACUGUUUGUUCAGAAUUUGAACAGCGUACAGGCAAGCUGAUUGGCCAAACCUUAAUGGCGGCAUGGGGUCAUCCAAUCAGCGCUAGUUACGUGACUUCAUCAUCACUAGAAGUAUUUUCAAUGGUUUAUUUGCAUUAAAAACACAACAACACUGUCCCAAAAAUGGCAGCCAGAGGCUGAAUUGACAUCAGGACAUCACAUAAACAGUAUAAAACGAAAAUGCCAUAUUAAACAAUUUAAAAUAGCAAUAAACCAUUACACAAAAUGUAUAUAGAAUAUUGUCAGCAAAGUAGAAGGAUAGAAUAUUUAGAAUAUAAUAUGUGCGGGCCCAGUCUUUUUGGCAGGGCAGCGACCGGGAGAAUGUACUUAAUAAAGACAAAAAAAGCUGGAAUCCAGGCUAUAGCAAAAAGGAAAUACUGGGUUCAUCUUUCCAACGGACAUAAUUGCACAAUAAUGUAUCGUUCAUCUAACACCAUCGAAUGAAAAAACAAUCAUUUACAUGUAUCAAGCAAAUGUUCUAAAUAA